UAUAUAAUGCAGGCGAUGGCAGAGACUCGGAGCAGACAUGCUGGAUCAGCUCUGAGCCUCCAAACCAACUCCCUCCUUCUCCAGUCUCAACACCUUCAUCCGCAGUCAGCCAUGGGAGUUGCCUACAGCGUUGGAGAGGUCGACCACCUCUACACCUUCUUUGUGCAGUGGUCACCAGAAAUCUACACCAAAGGCAGCAAGAAGCACCGCCAGCCCCGUUUCCUCAUCAGAGAGAAGCAUCCAAAUCACUAUCUGGUCGUGGAGAAGAACAAAGUGGACGGGAUCAACAAGCACCUCAGCCACCCUGUCAACCCCACUGAGAAGAAAUGGGAGAUUAUCAGAGUGAUGGACUCCAAACGUCGCCUGAGUCUGUGCAGCUCUGAGGACUCAGAAGCAGAGGAGCCCGAGUACCAGGAGGAGGGAGAUGAUGCUCUGCUGAUGCUGAGUGAGCAAAGCCAGCUGCUGGAUGACCAAGACCUGGAGCAGCUUGCUGCUCACAUGCCAGCAAGGACCCAGGGCUAUCCAUGGCAGCUGGUCUACAGCACCGCAAUCCAUGGCAGCAGCCUGAAGACACUGUACAGGAAUAUGGCUGGUCUGGACAGUCCUGUGCUGCUGAUCAUCAGAGAUAUGCACAACAAGGUGUUUGGGGCAUUUUCCACACAUCCAUUCAGAGUCAGUAAAUACUGCUAUGGCACUGGUGAAACCUUCCUAUUCAGCUACAACCCAGACUUUAAGGCGUACAGGUGGAGUGGGGAGAACUCCUACUUUGUCAGCGGCAAAUUGGAAUCUCUGCAGAUUGGUGGAGGAGGGGAUGGCUUCGCCCUGUGGCUGGAUUCUGAUCUGUACCGUGGCUCCAGUUUUUCCAGUCCAACUUUCCACAACGAACCACUCUCCACGAAGGAAGACUUCAUUGUACAAAACCUCGAGGUCUGGACUUUGCAGAACUGAGCGACAACAUCAGUUACAGAACCUCAAGACUUCGAGGAGUACAAGUGGGUUAGCAACUACUGUACUAAACCUGAUGGAACAGUCACCACUGUAUCAUGUGUGUACCUGGCUGAGAUUAGUCCUCACACAGUUUGUAUGAGGCCUGUUCUAGUGGUUCUUGGGCUGGACCUUCUUUUUGCACUGGUUUCAUAUGUGCCUGUCAAAUAGAGGUAUCUAGAUGAAAUCCUGGUAUUCUGUGUCCUGCUGCUCAAUACUAGCCCUGUGCGGAGCCCAGUAUUAACUGGCAUCUAAAGCUUUAAGCCCUGCAUGCCCUCCUUCUGUUAUGGAGGGUAUUAUGACACAAACUUCCAAGUAUUACUAUAAAAAGUUCGUACCCACUGUAAGCACAUUCAGGGAUUUAGGAAUAUGUAUUAAUUUACAUUUUCCAUCUAAAAAUAACACCUGAAAUUUAAAACAGCAUGUCUACAGUAUGUGUUGCCAUGUGUGCACAUGUGAAUAUGUUUUAUUUUGUUUCAUUUUAAAACAUGAGCAGCCUUAUAAACCUUUAAGCUAAAAAAGGCACAUAUUUGAUUUAUGGUAUAAACACUGUAACAUGAUAGGACCCACAGUACAUUAUCUGGGGUCAUUGUAUGUUUGAGCUAUUCCCAACAUGACAUCGAUGCAUGUUCUACUACACCAGCAUUUGAAUUCCUAACCUCUCAGGUUUGAAAAUAAAUGGAAAGAGUUGCACUAUGAAUAAUGUAUUAUUAUCUAUGUGUGUGUGUUUGUGUAGGAACCGUUAACUGUCAACUGUUACUUCUGUUUUUUGGAAGUGUGACACCUGCCUGGCUAUUUGCAUAUAGAUGGAUCAUGUUUUAUAGGAAACCUUUAAAAUAUUUCACAUCUUUUUACUUAUCUAUAUAUUUAAAUGUAUUUUUAAGUAAUUUUAAAGCAAAGCCACGAUGUUCCAGUGCGACUGAUUAUGGAGAUGUCUUUGUGUGAAAAUCUGAAUCUCUGAAGCAGUGCUGGCACUGCCAAUGUGUGUCUUUUUUAUUUUUGUGAAUCCCCAUUAAAACUUUAUCUUUCCUGGUGA